AACCUAGUAAGCGACAUCCCGUGAUCUGAGGUGAAUAACUUGCCACAAUAAAUUGGAAAUGGGACUAUCGUCAUGCGAACAGCACGUACAAACUUAGUCUGUUCAGUUUCUGAGGAAGUAUCGUUCCUGCUCAAGCGAUAACAAAAUGUGCAGACCUGCUUCCAUUCAAAAUACGCUUGAUAUAUAAAGUGUGAGUACUUAUCUACCUCCACUUGUAGAAGCGAAUGUGUUAAGAGACCCAGUCACGAGUCCGACAUGCUGUUUAUAUUACUGGUAGUUCUUCUGGCAGACGAUGGCGCAGGAGCAAGGUCCCCAGAAAGGCCAGUUGUUCCGAACAUCACAGCUCUCAGCUCAACCGAGGUACGAAUCACGUGGUGUCGGGUGAAUUCCAACAAAGUGGAAAUAGAUCAUUAUGAGCUAUUUAUAGACACUGAACUGGAGUAUUCUGGGAUUGAUGUGAUGUACGUGGCCAAACGGCUUAAGCCAUGGUCCUGGUACGAGAUCAAGUUGAGAGCAUGUGGCUUCUCACCUGGUUCGUGUUCUCCAUUCUCAAUACCUGCUUUGGUGAAGACCUUGAGAGGCAGUGACAACAGUACCGUAAUACAGUCUGGUGUGACCCUAUUUAAAGUCAUCGCUGUUCCUACAUACAUGUUCAUUUUGGGAGUGAUAGCUGGAGUGUUGGCCAUUUCAUUUGUUCUUAUAUGGAGGUACCUUCAAUGUGCAGACCUCUCUAGUGGAUCAGCAUUUGAACUGCCACAGUACCAAAGAGCACUAAACAAAAGUGACUACACUGCCUUGGGUAAACAAAGGCUACCUGACUCAAGAUGUGAUACUGUGGGAAUCCUCUGUGACACACCGUAUCUGACUGAAGACUGUCAAGUUCAUGAUCCUGAAUCACACUAUCUUGAGAUACCCAACACACAAAAAUUAGGCCAUUCACAAAACAAGUUUGUCAUUUCCAAUUUUUUACCGUUAUCCUCAACCGGUGAUGCCAAAAAGACAAAUCUGUCUUUAAUAGGUGAAACUCAAGAAGAGAAGCUUACUAUUCCUAUAGAAGAUCCUAGACAUCAGUUAUGUAAUGGGCAGUUGGAACACCAAAGAGGUGUGUCCCAUCUAUAUUCUACAGAUGAAAAAUACACGCAGAUGGAAAAUAUUAAGGACACUUCAAAUGAAAAUGGUUAUAAUGAACUCAAACAAGGACCACAGAGUGGAACAGACAGUGACACAGUUCAAACUUAUCAAAGAAUCGAAAGUUGGUCAAACCUUCCAGAUAAGCUUAUCAUGCCAUUGUUUGAAACAUGCAAAGACCAAACCUUGGAAUGUUUGGAUUCAUCCCACAAAGAUGACACUUCUCGUUCAGCAUCAUUGAUGCACCCGUCAUCAUCUGAUUCAAAUGCACAGUUAACUGAACAGAAAGUAACAACAGAACUUAAGAAUGACUCUUCAUUGAACUCUGAAGAACAAGGAGUAACAACAGAACUUAAGAAUGACCCUUCAUUGAUACCCCACAAUGGGAUUGUGGUAGGAAUAGACAAUAGUAAUAUUUACAUUGGUGCACAGGAAUGUGCAAGCAUGGUUAAUCCUGGUGAUCGCAAGAGGCAUGUGCGACUCAAGUUACAGAAUCUUGUCAGAAUUCUGGAAAGAGAAAGAGCAAAAAUGAGGGGAUUUUCUUGUGGAUCCAGUCCUCCUGCAACAGAACAUGUCUGGGAAGUUUACAGACGCUUAGGAUACAUUGUUGAUCUCGAAGACAGAAGAGGAAAAGAUGAGCAAAGGGUAGAUGAGGGACUCCACUUGUGGAUAUACAAGGCUCUGUGUGAACUGCCUCCUGGGGUGCUAGUGUUAGCAACAGGAGAUGGAAUGAAGGGGAAGUCAGAAUGCGACACCAGUUUUCCUAGAUGUGCUGUGACAGCACUGGAGAGAGGCUGGAGUGUUGAAGUGUACUCAUGGAAACACAGCUUGAGCAGCGAGUGGAUCAAACUGACUAAGAAGCAUCCUGACACAUUGACAAUCAACUAUUUAGACAAGUAUGUUAAUUAUAUCACAUUUGUGGAUGGGAAACAUGGAAGAAAGUGUUUACCUCUGCCACCAGAAGCAAGUGUCUUGCAAAGAUGACCUGCAUU